UCCUGCUGCUGCUCCUCCUCCUCCAUACCACAUCUCUAAUACAUCAACACACAGUUAUUGUCACACUGCUGCAGCAGAUAGACUGAUAACAACAGCAAUACAUACACACACACACAACACAACAAAACAACACUAGUCAACAAGGGAGACCUCUGAGUGGUUAAUCGAUCAGCUAGAAAUAGCAGCCAAAUCUCCCUCACUUCACAAAGCACCAUCCUAAAAGAAAGUCACAAUAUAUAAUGUGAUCCUAAAUACACUAUAACUGAAGGAAAAAAGAAACUGUGAUGGUCAUGGCUGGGAUGCCUUUACAUCAUCACAUGCCCAGGCAGAGUCCAGGGAUGCAUGUCUGCCUGAGUGCAGGUUGUGAACCCCAGCUUUACUUUUCCAGUGAACUAACAGACCGGUUCUAGUAUGAAGAAAGGUUUCCUAGAUUCCAAGAGUGCAUGGCUUCAAUAAAAGAACUUUGCCAAGAACUAUGUUGGUUUCUAUAUAUAUACUGAUAUCAUAUAUAUACUGUUUAUUCCAUGUAUGCCUGUGUGUGGAUAUUAUUUAUUACGUGGAAGAAGAGAAACAUUCAGGAAGUUUCAUUGGAGAUAUUGCAACAGAUUCGCACAUGUUCGAUGAAAUGACAUCAGAAAAUACAGAUCUAAGUUUUAGUGAACUGAAGCGGAAAAUAUCAAUGAAGAGUCAAUUAUUUAAUGUGACCAAGAAUGGUAAACUGUACACAGCCCAGGUUCUGGAUGCUGAAUCCCUUUGUACGGACUAUACAGAAUGUUUUAGAAUUAUUAAAGUUGCCAUCCGCAAAGCCAAAACCUUUAUGAAGAUCCUCAAAGUGAAAGUGAUUAUAGAGGAUAUCAAUGACAAUCGACCAGAGUUUCCUGAUAAAGAGAUCUCACUUCAAUUUUCUGAAGGUGAUGCUGUAGGAAUGACAAAAUCUAUUCCGAAUGCCAUCGACAAAGAUGUCAGCCUCCUCAAUUCUCAAAUUACUUACAAAUUAAGAAAUGAGAUUAGGAAUGAAAAUAUAUUUUCUCUGUUUGUGUCUCGAAGAGCUGAUGGAAUCUCUACUCUUGGAAUAGUCUUAGAGAAAAGACUUGACCGAGAAGCAAAAGAUAAUUAUAGAAUUCAAAUUGUUGCAACUGACAAAGGCUCCAAACCAAAGCAAAGUAUUUUGAAUGUUAGAAUUUCUGUAAAAGAUGAAAAUGACAACAGACCAAUUUUUUCCCCAAACAUAUACAAUAUUACAAUAAAACACACUCACAAAUUAAAAACACCUGUGAUUAUUUUGUCUGCUGUUGAUUUGGACAUAAAUAAUAAUGCUAGAGUUACUUAUCACUUCAGUCCCAAAACAUCAGACAUUGCCAAAAACUACUUUUUAUUAAAUUCAAGAACUGGAGAGGUUGUUUUAAUACAGAGUCCAAAAUUAAAUGAUAAAUUGCCUUAUAAAUUAUAUAUUGAAGCCAAAGAUGGAGGUAGUCCUCCACUUACUUCUAUAGCUACAGUUCUAGUGAAUGUUAUCAAUCAACACAAUAAUCCUCCAUCUAUUGAUAUUGAUUAUGUUUCUGCAAUCAAUGACAACACAGCUACCAUUUCUGAAGACAUCAAAGUCGGUAGUUUCAUUGCUUAUGUGAUGGUCACUGACAACGAUGUGGGACAAAAUGGAGAGGUCAGCUGUGAUAUCAAAGACAAUAAAUUUAAACUACAAUCCAUGGGGCCAAAAGAAUUUAAAGUUGUUAUGAAAAGUCAAGUUGACAGGGAAAUCCGAGACAACUUCAAUGUAACCAUCAUUUGUCACGAUAAAGGUUUUCCCUCCCUUAAAGCAGAAAAAACCUUCUCUAUCCAUGUUACGGACAUCAACGAUGUACGACCACAGUUUACCAAAGAAACUUUCCAGUUUCUCACAUAUGAAAACGAGGAGGGAAAUUUCCCAAUCGGUUUCGUCAAUGCUACAGACCCAGAUCUAGGCCCAGGUGGUCUCUUAACUUACACACUUAUUCCUAACAACAAUAAUUUUAACUUACCGUUCCACAUCACUGACUAUGGUUUUAUUUCAACAUCUGAAACGUUAGACAGAGAACAACAAAAUAUUUACAAAUUUCAAGUUUUGGUUAAAGAUAAUGGGAAAAUUGCUUUAAAUAACACAGCCAAUGUUGUUGUGGAAGUUUUAGAUGAAAAUGACAAUGCUCCAUAUUUUACAUUUCCUAGUGUCGACCCAUUUAAUCUUGAUGUCCACUACCAUCCCCAGAGUAAGAGUGACAUCACUGUACUAAGGGCCUCUGACAGAGACAGCGGCAAUAAUGCCUUUCUUAAGUAUGAAAUACUAAGUGGCAAUAAUAAACUCUUGUUUACAGUCAAUCACUACACAGGGUUGUUAGCUUUCUCACGGCCAGUUUACCAGAAUGAUGUAGGAACUUAUAAUUUAGUGUUUGCUAUCAAAGACAGUGGCAGUCCGGUUUUGUCUGCUACCACAACUAUCUCGCUAACUCUGACUGUUAGUAACAGCACAUCAACUAUGUUUGUAUCGGUCCCUUUACAAUCAGAUAACAUGAUAAAUCUUACCUGGGUUAUAAUUAUAGUCGUGGCAGCUGUGGUGGUGUCUGUAGCGGUUGUCAUUGCAAUUACUUUGUGCAUAAUAAGGUUUAAUAAUAAUAGAAAUGUAUUAAUGAGACAAGGGGAGGCACAGCCCUACCAAUCAAGGACAGAAAUGAGACAAUUAAUUUACCAAACAAAUAGCAAUCCUAUUCUUAUGGCGAGGAACACACAACAACUUCUAAACAGAAAUUCACUAUCUCUUGAAUCAACAAACCAGUUUUAUCCAGAAAUUAAAUCCCUCACAGACUGGAAGAAUUCAGCUUUGUUAUACAACCGGCCGAUAACUGUGACAUCAUAUGGUGAACCAACAGAACAGAAUGCAAUGACUGUUGCCAGUUAUCUCAGUGACACAUUAUCAACACGAGGAGGCGGCGGAGGAGGAGGUGGAGGAGGAGGGGAAUGUGAACUGACAUGGAAGGAGAGUCAGUAUGAAUCAACACGAGGAGGAGGAGGCGGUGGAGUAGGAGGAGGAGAGAAUGAACUGGCAUGGAAGGAGAGUCAGUAUGAAGAGAUUCCAGCCCUGGAAAACAUUGAAUACAGUUUAUCCCCAAAGCUCGACAGAAAACAGUGCCCAGAUGUAAACACUAAAUUCUUAUAGAGAAACUGCAGCAACAGAUCCAGAAAUUGGAAGAAUCUCAUGCAUGUUACUCCUACCUGAUUGAUCAACCAGUUCCACAGCAAACCAUCAGUCCGACAAAUAUUUGAACUCUUUACCUUCUGAUAUACACUGUCUCCUUUUGUGAAGUGACUUCCUCCAAUAAAUUAAUUCCAGUAAAUUUCUUCUCCAUUGCCCCAACACUACCAUCACCCCUGAUGCAAACUAGUUCCUCUCCAACUUGUGUUAAAGUUACUUUCAAAUACAUUUUUCUUCAAUCACACACAUUGUUUGCAGGCUUAAGGCAGAAAGUCCUUCCAUUUCACACAAAGAAUUAAACAAAAUAUAUUUC